AUGAAAGCAGCAGGAGGUGUCAGCGCUGCAGCGGCCGCGCAGUCGGCCCUGGCACCCGCCGGGCCAGACGCAGGGACAGCACCUCCUAUACCCGCGACGGCUGCAGGGACCGCAGCAGCCGCACGCACCGCGCCAGUCCAACCUUCGCAAACUCAACAACAGCAGAGCUACCCCACUCCUCGCACACGCAUCUACUACAACCCUGAGCUGUCCAUGUUCAGCCUAGGGGAAGACCACCCCAUGGUCCCGCACCGCCUGCAUCUGACCCAUCGUCUGGCGGAGCUGUGGGGCCUGUUUGACGACCCCGCUGUUCAAGUCGUGCGCGAUUACCCUCCGGCCACAACCGACCAGUUGCGCCGGUUUCACACCGACGAAUACAUCGCCUUCCUAGAGUACUUGGACACCUUGGACUUGGAGACCAUGUCAGACGAGGACGAUGAUGACGAUGAGGGGGGCGACUGUCCCAUUUUCCCUGGACUACUUAGAUACGUGGGGUUACAGGCUGCGGGCAGUAUCCUUGCCGCACGCGACCUGGCGCAUGGGCUGUGCGAUGUUGCCGUACACUGGGGCGGCGGCAUGCAUCACGGCAUGCCGUACAGGGCGUUUGGAUUCUGUUACGUCAACGACCUCGUACUGGCCAUUUUGGAGCUCAUGGCGGUUUGUGGCCGAGUGCUGUAUAUUGGUGAGGUUGAGGGGAUUUUUAGGGCCACCAACGACACUCUCAACCACGGCAAGCCCCAGCGCCCGGUGUUCUUCCCCGGCACUGGCAAGAAGAACGACCUGGGGGAGGGGACUGGAAAGUACUACACGGUCAAUGUACCGCUGCAGGACGACAUUACGGAUGACUCGUACUUCCACGUGUACAAGGCGGUUGUGAAGACGGCAUUUGAACGGUUCAAGCCGCAGGCGGUUGUGUUGCAGUGCGGCUGUGACAGCGUGGCCGGGGAUAAGUUGGGGAGGUUUAACCUCUCCAUUAGAGGACACUCCAGGCAAGUGGAAUGGGGUUUCGGAGCGUGGCGCGUACCCCUGCUGGUGACUGGAGGGGGCGGAUACACACCGCCGCUGGUGGCCAGGUGUUGGACUCUGGAGACCGCCGUGUUGCUCGGCAUGCAGCUGGGGGAGGCCAUGCCCCCCGCGGUGGCGAAGGCGGAGGACCUGGCGGACCUGGGCCCCUCGUACUUCAAGUAA